AUGACGAACGCAUUAUGGCAAGGCCUUGUGUUUUCCAGUUUUCUUUGUUUCCUCGCCAUCCAGCCCUCAAAUGCUAGACACCAUCAUCACAAGAUCCGAGGUCAGCAAUGCCGAACUGCCAUGAGCAUAAUUCCAUCCCAUUUCACCUACAACAACACGGUCACAGCAACUGCCACAACCAAUACCACGGCUGGAGCGGCAGAUGCCACCAAGCACCACAUUGCUAUAACAGGUAUUCCAUGGCAGUACGCAGGAAAGCCUAUCGAAUCUACCGGGGGGCCGGUUCCGCAGGCACUCACAGUAGCCCUACCGGCCAAUCAGACGACAGUACCGGGUGCACCUGCUUCGGGUAAUCUCACGUCAACUCUUUGCUUCGAUGCGGGCGUGUUGUACUCCUGCACAAAAUGCGAGAGGACAUUGUACGGUAAAGAGUGUUACAAGAAAAUCGGACUUGACGAGCUGGAAACAGCCAACUCCGGAACAAUAGCAUGCACAAAAUGGUACUCGCGAACUGGCUAUGCCGAGGGUGGAGGUGUCACCAUGUGCGGCGCCGAAUCUGGAGAAGUUUAUCAAUGCUCGCAGGAUGAAGACCUAACUCAAUGCGGCUCUUGCGUCGAACUCGGGAUCACCAGCGAAACUUGA